UUUUUAUUUAAUUAUUAGUCUUCUAACAUCAAGGAUAAUGAGGAGUUGCAAGUAUUCUUCUCAUCUUUUGCAGAAGGAACUGAUUUAAAAGUUGAAAGUGGGAGUGGAGAGAUUUCGUGAAACUACUCCAUGUCCAAUGACUUCUAUUCAAGUUAAGCGAUGCCCAUCAAAUGGAAACUUGAAAGCCAAAUUUCAACUAACAAUUUGUAUCCUACUAGUUCGUACAAUACACGGCUUGUGAAAGAGCUGCAACAAAAAGAAAGCAAUCAUCUCCACUCUCCAGACUUUUCUGUAAUCCAAAGGCAGCCCAUCAAUGAUUGCAUUUCACCACAAUUAAUCUCUCCAAACCCGGGUUAACAAUCUUCAACCUGGGAAUGGAAUGGAUUAAUUAAAAUCAGCUUAUCCUCCAAUUUGGUUUGAUGGGUUCAAGAGAGAAAGAGACCGCCUAAAAAAAGAAUAAGAAAAUAAAAAUAGAAAGUUGAUUAGUUGGCUGACAAGGUCCCGCGUUUUUCGUAGACUUCACUUGCAAAACUUUUCCAAGAGCAGUAUAUAAUGAGCCGAUUCUUGAAUUGCUGCUUCACCAGUCCAAUUUCAAGGCAAGCCCCAGAUUCACAGGUAUCACCAGACAUUAUGGAGAAGAAAUCCAAUAUCAAUGUCGCCGGUAACUUUCAUAGCGAGAAAUCGAGUGAGCAUAUAAAUGAUCCCGUUAUCACGCCUGUUCCCAACAUCAUUCUUAACCAUGAUUUUUCGGAAGGACUUCAUUCGUGGCAUCCCAAUUGCUGUGAGGCCUCUGUGGUGUCCUCAGAGUUUGGUCAGCCUAUAGAGCUUCCAGUCAAACACAAUAGCCGUUUUGCAAUUAUAACAAACCGGAAAGAAUGCUGGCAGGGCCUCGAGCAGGACAUUACAGACAGGGUCAAAGCAGGCACCACUUACUUGGUCAGAGCUUGGGUCGGAAUAUCGGGGGCUCCUCAAGAUGUUUCUGAUGUCCUGGCCACUCUGAAACUUGAGCACCAAGAUUCGUCUGUUAGUUAUUUGUCCAUUUCUAGAACAUCUGCUUCAAUGGGGCACUGGGGUACGAUUGAAGGCACUUUCUGUUUGUCAACCGUGCCUAAACGAGUUAUCUUCUAUCUUGAAGGGCCUUCCCCUGGUAUCGACUUACUUAUUAGAUCAGUCGUAAUUUCCAGCGCUUCUUCCAGUCAAUGUGAUACUCGAGCUGCUGGCACUGUGUGUGAUGAAGAUGAUAACAUCAUACAGAACCCAACAUUUGAAGAUGGCCUCAAUAAUUGGUCUGGGAGAGGCUGUGGUAUCGAGUUGCAUGAUUCCAUGGGAGAUGGAAAAAUCCUUCCCAUAUCCGGAAAUCACUUUGCAUCCACAACGAACCGCACACAAAACUGGAACGGGAUUCAGCAGGAGAUAACGGGGAGCAUACGGAGAAAGCUUGCGUACUGUGUUACUGCUAAUGUCCGAAUAUAUGGUAAUAAUGUCAACAGUGCAAACGUUAGUGUCACAGUUUGGGUUCAGGAAGCUGAUAACCGUGAGCAGUACAUAAAUGUUGGCAGUGUACAGGCAACAGACCAAAGUUGGCAAGAGGUGCAAGGGGAAUUUCUUCUAAAUGGUUUCCCCUCAAAAGUGGUUAUAUAUUUAGAAGGCCCACCUCCAGGCACUGAUAUUCUCCUCGAUACACUCGUCCUGAAGAAUGCCCCCGAACCCCCGCCGGCAUCCCCACCAGUCAUUGAGAAUCCCUCUUAUGGAGUCAAUAUAAUCACCAACAGCAACCUUAGUGACGGCACCAAUGGAUGGUUCCCACUCGGGAAUUGCACUCUCACCGUUGCCAAUGGCUCACCACGCAUUCUUCCUCCCAUGGCUGCAGACUCCCACAUGCCUCUGAGUGGCCGCUACAUUCUCGCAAGCAAACGCACUCAGACAUGGAUGGGUCCCGCCCAGAUGAUUACCGACAAAGUCAAACUCUAUUUGACUUAUCAAGUGUCCGCGUGGGUCAGGAUUGGGACUGGGGCCACCGGACCUCAGAAUGUGAAUGUUGCUCUCAGUGUUGAUGGCCAGUGGGCGAAUGGCGGCCAGGUGGAGAUUAACGAUCAGCAAUGGCACGAGAUUGGUGGGUCCUUCAGAAUCGAGAAGCCGGCUGCAAAGGUGAUGGUUUACGUGCAGGGUCCCAAUGCCGGGGUCGAUCUGAUGAUUGGAGGUUUUCUGAUUUUUCCAGUGGAUAGGUGUGCGAGGUUUAAACACUUGAAGAUGCAAACGGAGAAGAUACGCAAGCGCGACGUCACCCUAAAAUUCACCUCGUCUGACUCCAACACCCUGGCUGGCUCCUUCCUCAGAAUAAAACAAACACAAAACAGCUUCCCCAUGGGAUCAUGCGUGAACCGCACAAACAUCGACAACGAGGACUUUGUCAAAUUUUUCACCGCCAACUUUAACUGGGCCGUCUUUGGCAACGAGCUCAAGUGGUACUGGACCGAGCCCCAAAAGGACAAGUUCAACUACCGGGACGCCGACGAGAUCCUCGCCCUGUGCGAGUCCCAUAACAUCCCGUGCCGCGGCCACUGCAUCUUCUGGGAGGUCCAAUCCGCCGUCCAGCCGUGGGUCCAAGCCCUCUCCAAGCCCGACCUGGCGACAGCUGUCCAAAACCGCCUCACGGGACUCCUCACGCGCUACAAGGGCAAGUUCAAGCACUACGACGUGAACAACGAGAUGCUGCACGGCUCGUUCUACCAGGACCGUCUCGGGAUCGGCGCCCGGGCCGAAAUGUUCGAGACCGCGGCCCGGUUCGACCCGUCCGCCACCCUCUUCGUUAACGACUACCACGUGGAGGACGGGUGCGACUCGCGCUCGUCUCCCGAGAAGUACAUAGCUCAGGUCGUGGGCCUGUGGGCCCAAGGGGCGCCCGUGGGUGGCCUCGGGAUACAGGGCCACAUAGACUACCCUGUGGGGCCCAUUGUUCGGUCGGAGCUCGACAAACUGGCCACGCUCGGGAUCCCGAUUUGGUUCACGGAGCUUGACGUGUCGUCGGAGAACGAGUACGUGAGGGCGGACGAUUUGGAGGUUAUGCUGCGGGAGGCUUACGCGCACCCGGCGGUGGAGGGAGUGAUGCUGUGGGGGUUCUGGGAGCUUUUCAUGAGCCGGGAGAACGCGUACCUCGUGAAUGCUGAAGGGGAGGUUAAUGAGGCCGGGAAGAGGUUUCUGAAGCUGAGGGAGGAGUGGCUGACGAAGGCCCACGGGCAUGUGGGUGAGGAUGGUGGGUUUGGGUUCAGAGGGUUUCACGGGUCGUACGAGGUCGAGGUUGUGAUGCUUUCGAAGCAGAAGGUGGUGAAGACGUUUGUGGUUGAGCCGGGGGUGGAUGCGGUUGAGAUAACAGUGAGUCUCUAGUUUUGUUGGAAAUGAAUGUGGCGUUGGUAAUUCUGUGUUGUUGGGUGUGUGGAGAAGGGAAAUAAAAGGUGACGGUACUGGGUUGUGGUGUUAUGUGGAUGGUGUGUUGAUGUUUAUUGUAAAUUAUUUGCUUCUGUUGUAUAUUUCAAGUGAAUGAAAUGAACUGUUGUUUCGAGUUAUUGAUUAUAGGAAGAAAUUCUGAGUUGCAAGUAUCUACAUAUUUGUUCUUCCAAGGUGCUCUUCUCUGCUGUUGGUAAGCUGAAAGCUGUUUCCACAAAUCUCUGUUUCCACAAAUCUCUCUUUCUAUAUAUG